CGUUUCAAAUGAAAUAAAAGUUAUUUUGAACGUCAUUAUUUAUUAGAUGAUAAAAUUUUGCUUGUCAUCUGCAACUAAGACAUUUAAUUAAAUUUCGUCUACAGAAGAAAGUAAAACUAUUUAAAUUUCUGAAAUGGCUUUAGCAGCAAUAGCUGGAAUUACAAACACGUCAUACUUGAAAGAUAGAAUGGCGUUGUCAUGUCAGACAUACAAUCUUGAGAACCCCUAUUGCUUGUUGGCUCCGCCGUCUGGUAAUUUGGUGGAUAUAAAAUCUCUACAUGACGCUGGAGCAAAGGAAGGUAUUAAAAUUAAUUAUGACCACGGUACUACAACUUUGGGAUUCAAGUACAAAGGAGGUGUUAUAUUGGCGGUUGAUUCUCGUGCAACUGGUGGUCAGUUUAUUGGUUCUCAGGAAAUGAAAAAAAUUGUAGAAAUCAACAAGUAUUUGCUGGGUACGUUAGCUGGUGGAGCUGCUGAUUGUGUAUACUGGGAUCGUGUUCUUGCAAAGGAAUGCCGCCUACAUGAACUACGAAACAAAAAGCACAUUUCUGUAGCAGCCGCAAGUAAAAUCAUGGCCAAUAUUGCUCAUGAGUAUAAAGGCAUGGGUUUGAGUAUGGGUAUGAUGCUAGCUGGUUAUGAUGAUAAAGGAGCCGGUCUAUACUAUGUUGAUUCGGAAGGAUCUCGAUCACAAGGAAAUAUUUUUUCGGUGGGAAGUGGUUCAAUUUAUGCAUAUGGUGUACUUGAUUCAGGUUACAAAAAUGAUUUAGAAGACCAAGAAGCAUACGAAUUAGGACGACGAGCUAUAUAUCAUGCAACAUUCAGAGAUGCUUAUUCCGGUGGCAUAAUUCGUGUAUAUCACUUAAAGAAAGAUGGUUGGAUAAAAAUAUCGGAAGACGAUUGUAAAGAUCUUCACUACAGAUACGAAAACAAAAAAAAUUAAUUUAUCGUCUAAAUAAUUUAUCGAAAUGUAUGUAACAAUUUUGAUAAUAUAAUUAUCAUUAAGGGAAUGGUAUAAUUAAAUAAAAUUUUUCCAAUAUUAUUGUUGAAA